AUGUCUGCCCAACAAUCCAACGAUGCCUUGUCGGUCGCCAACAAAUCAUUGCGUUCACACCUCAACUGGAUCAAACUGUUUCAAUCAGAUGGCCGGGUGGUGGUUGACCAGGCACAUGAAGUUGCCAAGCUAGUAUCACAAGCACUCCAGCAACACGGCAGGAAUGCAUCAGUCAUUCUGCCGUUGCUGCUCUCUGCAGCCGCCGAGGUUCAGGCGACAAUGAACAUUGGUCAGGUCCCCCAAUGGGAAUGUGUGCGGGUGGAUGAUUCUCGCAUGGAAUCACACCCCUUCUUCCCCAAGACACAAGGGCUUGCUGCACCUGCACUGGCGCCAGUGCCAACCCCACUCCCAGUCCCAGUCCCAGUCCCAGUCCCGCCCCCAGCUCCCAAGGUGAUGUCGGUCCCACCGAUCGACUCACUUCCCGUCGAGGCUGCCAAGCCGACGGCCGAUAAGGGGAAGAUUGUGUCGAAGGCUAUCAUCUCUGACACCGAAGAUGAUGAUGGCCAGCCGGGCGGGACCAUCAUCAUGGCGGCGGUGCCUCAGACUCCAGCCCCAGCCAAGAAGGUGAAGCAGGUGAGAUUCACCUCGUCCCCUCGGUCAUCACCACUCAGAGAUGUCCAGGCCGACACCAAGGAGCGCAUUGGCCGACCGAUGCCGAAGGGUAAGGGAAAGGAGAAGGAGAAGGAACGGGCUGUGACGAUCGCCGAGGGUGAUGUGUAUGAUCCACCCUGUAAGAGGUGUUCUGCCCAGUUCGAAUGUCUUGCUGCCCUCGGUCGCAAGGGCCAAAUCACCAAGUCCUGUGCCAGGUGCUACGAGAUGAAGGCCCCACUCACCUCCACAUCCAAACCGCAGCCCAGGGCGACAAGGGCGGCCUCCCAUGCAUGUCUACCACCGCCUGUGGUAGAAUCUGAGGACGCCAUGGAUGAUGAGGAUGUCGCUGUUGAGGCUGAUGAAGACAUCGCCAUGUCUCAUGCGGCCAAUACCGAGCAGAAGACUGAUGUCGCUGCAGUGACGCCAAGUGAGACCAUCGAUUGGCUGGCAGCCAUGGCAUCGGCGAAAGACUUUCCUGCUGACCAUUGGCAGGAGGUCACUGACGACACCCCCAUCCUACCACCACCACCACCACCACCUGCUCCUGCAGCCAAACCCACCACCUCGUUGGCCAAACCGACUAUCCACAAUCGUGUGGUCUCUCUGGCGGCUAGAGUCACUGCCAUGGAAAUGGCCAACCGCAACACCCUCGCUAGGGUGGAUGCGAUGGAGCACGACUUCGACUCCUGCAUCUCCUCUAUGCAGGCCAAGUUUUCCGACGUCCAACUGAGCUUCAAUGCCACGGUGGAUGUGGUAAAUGGUCUUGCCAACAUGGUGGAGAAAAUGAGGCAGGAACACUCGGUCCUGAACACAUCCUUCCCACCACCAGCAAUUGGCCCAACCGGUGCUUCCACGGCCACAGACAUGGGCAUCAGAUACUUGACUGGUGUGUUCGGCCCUUUGGUUGCUCCCAAUGCUGAUUCUGUCGCCGUCAGUCAACCCUCAGCAUCUCACCCAUUCGGUCGCCCUGAUGUGCAAGACAGGACAUUCACCAGUGGGCAACCAUCAUCUGAGUCGGUGCAGGCCGGUCCUUCAUCUGCUCCCCCCAUCCAAUGUGAUUUGAGUGUUUCAUGCCCUGCUUCUACUACUUCCUCCCUCCCUUGA